UGCAUCGCGACCGUCCGACAUAUUCAACGAUUCCCGGUAACUAUCCCAGGAAAUUGUGCUUAUCAACAUAUUACUGUUCCUGUCGAUAUAACGUACCAAGUGGAAAUUGAUAUAUUUUCAACAAAACCCUCUAGAACUCCGGAAUUUUGGGAAAGUUUUAACAAGCCUUGGGAAGCAAGGGUUUUCCGAGUAUAGUUGUUCACAAUUCUUGCACACUCCAUAAUACGAGCGUCAAAGGCUCACCUCUCAAACACUCCAUCCGCGAUCCAGAACAAAACCCUCCAAGGGGGAUUCGAUCGGCAUACGCUCGCCGUACCUGGCGCACACGAUGCACCGGCACUAACCUGUAGUUCUAACACGCAUUCUAAUCUGCCACAGGUAGAUGGGCAUUAGUCAGACGUGGUCUUCCCCGCACAUCAGAACGCCACCGGGUUGUCUAUAUAUGUGUGUUAGUGCACGGUGUACUACUACGUCAGCAGUCAUCACAAACUCCCACUGACGAACGACCGCUCGAUCGUGGAGAUGGAUCCGGAGUUCGAUUUUCGUUCAUAAAUAAACACCGCCAUCCAAACGGAGAGUGAUUCCACUCGACACGCUUGCGACUGACACGGGAUUCGAGCGAUAUCUUCCCACUGGCCAAGUGCCUGAAUGUCACGCAACCAACCUACAGUGUACAGUAUCAGUGCCAGUGUGUGAUUUUCGAUCCCGAUAGCAGGUGGCAUAUGUUUUCCGGUCCAGUUGAUCGCUGCUCUCACGUGUAAUCGAUUAUUUCGUACCAGUGAACUAAGCUUUCGUGCAGUAUUUCCAAAAUGGGCUCCAGUACGAAUCGUGCGGGACUGUCACAACAGUCUACUGUUGGCAGAUUUGCUGUUAUUCUAUGCUGUACCGGGCUGCUGGGAGUUGCUAUGGCUUGUAACGGUGGCUACAAAAUACGGGUAAAAAAGAUUGAGAACUGUGCCGGUGCGGAUGCCAUCAUCACUGCUGACGAAAACUUCACCGUGGUUUUGACGAAAAACUGCGAAAUCAAAUCGCGUGGCUGCGUGCGAUUUAAGGACUUCAAGACGGGCAAUGCAAAGUACACCAUUUCCAAGGACGGUGUGCAGGUGCUGCAGGGUUCGGCAGACAUCUGUGACCAGGCAUCGCGUCCAAGGCGUACGGAAAACAUUGCGGAGGUGUUGCGCAGCUUGGGCGUGCCUGAGAAGUGCCCCAUCAGUGCGGGUCGAAUUUGUACAGAGCCUAACCAGGUGGUGAACAUAAAUCGCUUCAAGCAAUAUCUUCCUCUUGCACGGGGUGCUAUCGCUGUGGACGUUGCUGUUCAGCAUGAUUCGGGUAAAAGUUGUUUCAAAAUUCGGUUCGACAUUACCAAAUAGGACACCAGCAGCGAGAUCCUUUUGUCUAAUUGACACGAGCAAGAAAUCGACCUUAUUGUUUUGUUGAAAGAAUAAAAAUAUGUUAUACAAUUUGUAUACGUGGCAUGCAA